UUGAAACAAAACUGUUUUGGGAAAAAGCUUUUUAAUUGCUUUUUAAAGUUAAUUAUAUUUCUUGACUUUAUUUCAUAAGAGCAAUGUAAAUCAAAUUUACAAAUUAGUAUCCCCAUUCAUUACCUUUGACCUUUUGCAACCACGUGAUCUACACACCAGCGAUGACCUCUCUCUAGCUUGCUUGCGGCAGCUAACAUUUCCAGAUUGUUGACAACAUUUCACACAAUGGACCAGUCCAAACAAGAGAAGGACUAUGGAUACGAUUUAUUCCCGGAGAGAAACAAGGGACCAAACAAAGGCAGCUUUCUCUCGCAUAGCCUGUUAACUUUUCACAACAAGUGUGAGCUCAUGUUGAAGUUCGCAAUGGAAACUAGUCCGUAUGCUAAGCUCCUACUCCGUGCCAUGGAAAGUUCAGGAUGCAAAGUUAUUAAGGAUCGACAUUUGUCCUGUGAAGAGUGUGACGGUACGGUCAGCGGUGGCUUUGACGCAGCGUCUUCUCAAAUCGUUUUGUGUCAGAACAACAUCCACCAGCAGUCCCACAUGAACCGAGUAGUCACACAUGAGCUCAUUCAUGCCUUUGACCACUGUCGGGCCCACGUGGACUGGUUCAACAACUUCAGACAUCUGGCUUGUUCUGAGAUUCGGGCAGCUAACCUCAGCGGAGAUUGUACCUUUACCAAUGAAUGCAAUAGAUUGAACUUCGGCUUGAAGCAGCAUCAACAGGAGUGCGUCAGAGGCCGCGCCCUUCGCUCCAUCCUAGCCGUGAGGAAAAUUAGCAGAGAGGAGGCGGAGAAAAUAGUGGACGAAGUCUUUGACACGUGUUUCAACGACCACGCGCCGUUCGGACGGAUCCCACACAGCAAGAAGGACGCCAACUUCGCCUACAGAGAUUAUGAGAACAGAGAUCGAUAUAAUUCGAACCUUUAGUGUCAUCACGUUCUCAUUUAACCGCCGAGGGUUGCUGUGAUGACGUGUGGUGAGGACUCUGGCAGCGUCGGAAUAAAAGCCUCAAGCGAAUCAGUGUCGAAAAAAAACUAUCAAAUUCCUUCAGAAGAGAUUUCUUCUGAGAAUGAUUUGUCCUUGGAGCAGGGACGCCAAGGAAGUAGUUAGAGUACAUUACAUGAUCUACCUUCAGUUUUUAUACUAAUCCUGUUCAAAGGAGUGAUUUCGCUUUGGAAGUAAAUUAUAAAAUGAGCCCCCCUCGUUGUGAUUUAUUUGUAAUUUAGUUUUUAUUUGAUCAAUAGGUGCUUUCAAGGAAAUACAGGAUUUACUACAUUUUUGUCCAUGGAUGUUGAACUGUUUGCUCUUCAUCUUGUUGUGACAUUGACCUCCACUUAUUUCUUGUAAAUUGAGCUGAUUUGUGUUUAAAUAAAAUAAUUAUUAACCUGUG